GACACGCCGCCGCCGCCGCCGCCGGGAAGGCAGCGGGCGCCGAGCAAGUUGCGAGCGCGCCUCUCCGCCCGGCAAAGUUUCCCCCGCGGCCGCCGGCGGGACUCGGCGCGGGGUCGGGCGGCUGCUGCGGCUGCUGGAAGAGUUUUUCCUGAAGCCAUCAGAAAGAGACCUCAAGAGAAUCCUGCCCCUCCUGGAAGGAAGACACCAGUUGGAAGAGGUGGGCAUCUCCUGGACAGCCCGAGCUUGCAGCGGCCGGGACUUCUGACACUGUCAUCAGAGCGACUUGACACCUUUGAUUUUGGCGUCUAGAAACAGGCCCGAUCCUUUUCCAGACCUCCCAACGCUGGCCACCUGGGACAAGCUGGGCCAAUAGAAGAAUAUACAAGACCCCCUCUGACCAGGAGACUCUGUCCUGCUGACGCCUGAAGAGCUGCCCAGGUAGAACACCAUGGAAGGCGACUGUCUGAGCUGCAUGAAGUAUCUGAUGUUUGUCUUCAAUUUCUUCAUAUUUCUGGGUGGGGCCUGCCUGCUGGGCAUCGGCGUCUGGGUCAUGGUGGACCCCACCGGCUUCCGGGAGAUCGUGGCCGCCAACCCCCUGCUUAUCACGGGCGCCUACAUCCUCCUGGCCAUGGGGGGCCUGCUCUUUCUGCUCGGCUUCCUGGGCUGCUGCGGGGCCGUCCGUGAGAACAAGUGUCUGCUGCUGUUUUUUUUUCUGUUCAUCCUCAUCAUCUUCUUGGCGGAGCUCUCGGCGGCCAUCCUGGCCUUCAUCUUCAGGGAAAAUCUCACUCGCGAGUCCUUCACCAAGGAACUCACCAAGCACUACCAGGGCAACAAUGACACAGACGUCUUCUCCGCCACCUGGAACUCCGUCAUGAUCACAUUUGGCUGCUGUGGCGUCAACGGGCCCGAAGACUUCAGGUUUGCGUCCGUGUUCCGACUGCUGACUACAGGCAGCGACGAGGUGCCAGAGGCCUGCUGCAGGAGAGAGCCUCAGACUCGGGAUGGGGUCCUGCUGAGCCGGGAGGAGUGCCUCCUGGGAAGGGACCUGUUCGUGAACAAGCAGGGCUGUUACACAGUGAUCCUCAACACGUUCGAAACCUACGUCUACCUGGCUGGAGCCCUCGCCAUAGGGGUACUGGCCAUCGAGCUCUUCGCCAUGAUCUUCGCCAUGUGUCUCUUCCGGGGCAUUCAGUAGAGGCAGGGCCUGCAGCCUGACGCCUCACCCGCCGCCCCUGCCCAGCACCCAGCGCCCCCCCCCCCGCCCCCGUGCCCCUGCCCUCAGCCCCAGGGGAGGACGUGAGCUCUCGACGAGUGGCCAGGAGGCGGGGCGGAGGCAAAUAGCUAUUUUUUUAACAAAACGAAAUGAAGAAGAAAAUACAGACUGAUGUACCCCACCUGGACUCCCGGUGGGUGCCGCGGGCGCCCUGCAGAGGCCCUGGCGCCCGCACCCAGGGAGCAACAGAGACCCAAGGAUCCCCAGGGCCAGGCUCCCUCCUCGAUCCCGCCAGCCCCGGCAGCCCCGGGCCUGGGCCCUCUCCUCAGCUCCGGGGGCCAAGAAAGUGCGGAUUUAGCCAAGAAGGAGACAAAAGCAGCUCUCAGAGGUCCACGGAGCCCGGGGGCCCCCAGGACACUCUGUCACCACGUCCUUAGGAACUUGGAACCUGUGCUAACCCCUGGUCCUCUGAGGAUAGAGUUGCCCCUGCCUCGGGCGGGGCCCAAGGGUGGGCUGCUCGGACACUAGACCUAAGAAUGGCCCAGCUGGCGGGGUCCUUGCUUCCCUCCUCUGUUGGAUCAAAUAAUCUGGAAAGCCCAGAGAGGGGCAGUUUCUCAUUCACAGUCACACAGCACAUGCAUGACAAUUCUGAGCAAGAACCCGGUCGUCCCUCGGCUGCCUGUCACCCCUCGCAGGGCCCUGUAGGUCCCAGCACAUCUGCUGCUCACACCGCUCCCUGGCCUCGGCAUCCUGGUUUCCCAAGGAGGGAGAGAGAGCAAGCUGGUCAAGAACUCCCCAGCUCCACAGCUAAGAAAAUUCUGGACUGGCCCCCCCUGCUUCCCUCCCACUUCCCCAUACACACACACACUUUCUAAGCUCCCCAGGGAUACACACACACACACACACACACGCACAUACACUACAGUCCCUUUUCCACACACCACCCACCUCUUCCCACAAGCUUGACCCCUUUCUUGUUUUCCAUCAACUCUGUGGCUCCCGGGGCUGGAACAAACUCCCAAGACCAUCUGGUUCUCCUCUCCCCACCCAGAACUGAGGCUUGGAUGUCUUCCACAAGAUCUCUGCCAAGACUUUGCCACCCUCUUCUUGCAUACCUCCAAGGAUGGGGAGCUUACUACCUCCCGAGACAGACUUCAGUCUUUGGACUGCUUUGACUUUUUAGCAUCAGCUCAGUGCACAUGAGAGUCCUCUGUUUCCGUGGCAUCCCACUUGCUCUCUCUCCUUCCCAAAGGGUUGAGACCACACGUUGCCUCCCCCAAGCCCCAUUUUCUCCAGGCUCAAGAGCUCCAAGACAUCUCAUUUCUGCUGCGACAUGGUUUCUAGUCCCUUCGCUGUCCAUUGCACGCUUCUGAGUGUUUCUUCCCAGCUCAGGCAGGGAGAGGUUGUCCCCUAGACUCACGACCCACAAUCAGUCCCUCACACACAGGCCUUACAUUCUACAUCAGUGUUGCAAGAUGCCUCGACUCCAGUGAAUGAGGAAUGAUUGCCGGGGGGGGGGGGGCUGUUCACAGAAUCUGGGGUUUGGCCUGGGGCCUGGGGCCGGAUGGACGGCGAAAUCCCCAUUGGUGGUGUCUGCCAGACAAUUCAGGCUCGAUUAGUGAUGUCUGCCAGAGGCACGGCAGUGGGAGGAGCAGCAUGAGCCCAUUCUGAAUCCUAGGCCCUGUGUCAGCUUCCAGCCUCCCUCCAGCCUGCCGGCCACUGGGAGACCCCGAGCUGUGGCCUGUGGCCCUGUGCUUCCCUGCUCGGCCACCCGCCCCUGUAGAGAUGCAGCCCUGAGCUCUGUGCCUGCUGUAAAGAUUGGAUUUGACCCAUGCCAUCCUUCUGCUGCCCCCCACCCCACCCCAGUCCCAGAUCCCCUUCUGGCCACCAAGCUGGGGCUUUCCAUAUUGUCCCUGGAACAGCCUGUCUGCCCUGGCAACUCCAUACAAGCCGCCACGAGCUCCUUGGCGACGGGGCAUCCCCAGGACCUAGUGUGCCCUGCAGCUGGUCUCCCAGCCCAGCCUGAGCAGGACCUCCGGCUUGCUCCUCCAGACCCACCCGCCCGCCCACAUGCUUAGCUCCAGCUUUCCGGCAGAGGCAUGUGGCUGGUCUGAGGUUGACAAAAUAAACAAAAACAGCUGGCCUAGCGGGACUCAGGGUCUGACUGGGCAGCUGUGUGGCUCCCGUCCAGGGGCAUCCCAGGCUUUGGGGGCCCAUUGGGUCCCCUACCAGCCAGGAGAACCUGGAGCCUUCAAGGUAAGAAGGGCCUAAUAUCUGGCAUCCUGUGUGUCCCCACCCCCCACCCACCUGCUGGGCCCUGUAAGAAUCAGUGGGAGGGAGGGCAGGUCCCAGAGGAACAUCUGGCUGAGGCAGGCUCAAGGGUGGGUGUGAGCCUCAUCCCCAAGGGCUUUCCAGAAGGUGCCACGGAGCCCCGAAUCCACCUCUAGCACUGACCCAGGCUGGUAGCUGCCUGCAGCAAUUCUGACGCAUGAAAAAUAAAGCCCAGGCCCAGUGGGGCUCAACCCUCUCCCAGGCACUGAGAUCUAACUGGGCUGGUUCAGAUACAGCCCCUGCGAGGGGCUGGGGGCAGUCGCUCGGCUGCUGGGCCAGGGGGCUGCGGGAGUAGGGACACCUCUUUGCGGGGACUUCUCCCAGCCUGCUCACGGGGCAGGGGCCAGGGCUGACCCCACACUGCUGGUCACACACCCACACCCUGGGCUGAAAGCCAGCUUCCUGCUCCAGAGCUACUGCCUUGUGGUUAGAAGCAGCCACCUGAGCGGUCCAGAGGCUCCCUCGUCUCUCUGGCCUUUCCAUGCCCGAGGGGACCCCAAACCAGCCAAGGCCCUGGCAGCCCCACCCCAUCUCCCCGAAGCCCCUCCUUCCCUUCCCCCAUGGAUCCUAUGUCAAAAGUCUAUUUUGAAAACUGUAAAUGUUCCUUGCGGUAGAUAGCAGAGCUAAUUUAUCAUGUUUAUUUCCCGUGACCCCCCCCCCUUUUUAUAUUCUAUAUCAAGAGGAGUUUUUGUAAUAUAAAACAGGACACCCACACUGAUGGUUUUGCACUGGUUUUUGUGACUGUUUCUUACAAAAAGAAGGAACAAAGAAUAAAUAGUGACUGUGAA